CUCUCUCUCCUUACACUUGAUAUAUAAAGGAGGUGAAUGUUUGCCUACCUGGAGUCUUUUUUGGAAAGGAAGGAAAUAAAUAUUUAAACGUUGGUUGGGUUCCAUUUUUUUCAGCUGGGGAAAGGUGACUUAAACAUUAUUCACACUUUAGUUAGGUAAACGCGACAUCAGUUUGGGAGUCUAUUGAAAACGAUUGGGAUAGACAUGAGGAUUUUGAUUAUUUCUCUGUGGCUGCUGACACUGGCGUUGGGGGUGAUGAGCGGCGCAAGUUUAUACGACUAUUUUGAGCGGGAGUUCGCCGAGGACAGACACAGGAGACGAAGCUACGACAAGGACUGGGAGGACUACAGACCCAGCUCCAAAACGAAGGAGAAAGCGAAAGAGAACUGUGGGAUUAGUCCGGAACUGCAGGCCAAGCUUCAGGCUCUGACUGAUACUGUCAAGGCCCUAGCCAAACAAACAAUGAUACUGCAAGAAUCUGUAGAAGAAAGAACUCGCACUGGAGGUCAGUCUGGUAUCAAACAAGUUCGCCAUGACACUGAGGGUACUAAGAACUACCACGGCUCCACACAUAUCGACACCGGUGUUGCUGGCGUUCAUGACCACAGCGACUACAUCCGUCUGCUUGGCAUGGGAGAGGUUUCAGCGGUCAUCAAUGGAGUGGAAUUUCGUACCCGUCACAACGACUACAGGCUGGUCAAGAAAUCCUCAACCAACACGUCAUUCUUAGCAGUUGAGGACAUCCCUUUUCCACCUGUGCCUCCCUCAGUUUUGAAUUUGGAGAACCCUGAUGAUCAAAUUGAAGAAAUGAAGCAAUAUUUCGUGGCCUGGUCUACCCAGAAUGCUACCCACAGAAACUACACGGACUAUUUCAAACCUGUCUUGAGCUACAUGGAAGCAAUGUGGACCACGGACGCAGACACAGAACUAACUGAGCCUUAUUACAGUGACAGACACCACCUAGAUGCUAGAAGCUGGGAUGACCUGAUGAGCAAGGUCAAGUACAUGUCCUACACCGGAAACAAGGAUAACUUUGAAAACCUUGGAUUUCUCCCACGCAAGAUCAUGUCUGUUGACCCCGUGACCGGGAUCCCAUCAUACGCCCAGUGGAACUACAGGAUUUUGUGUCAUCCAAUAGACUUUGAUAUACCUUUCAAGUACCUGAAGCAGAGGGAAGACCUUUCUUGGCGAUACCCAAGAAAUCUAACCUUGAAGGAGGUCAAGGACGAGACCAGAGCUGCCAGAUUUUCUCUCAACGCAGACGACGAUGACGAACAGUUUACUACGUACACAAUCCUAGAUAAAAUCUUUCAGUCCAUCCCUGGAAUGGACAAUGUUCCAGACCCAAACCUGAUCGAAGGCUACGGUGGAAGAUUUGGCUCGGUAGAGGAUCCAAGUAUACCACUGAAACAAGGAUAUUACCACCGUUACGAGAGAUGGGACCAAGCUGGAGCUAUGGGAUCCGACCUGGCCCACAGAGGAUUCUCAGACCAGUACAUGUUCGUGGCCAUCAACACCCAGAAUAGGAUCGUCCCCAUGGCCAUGGAGGAUUGUAAGAAGGGAGUGUGCACCAAGUACAGCAGCAGGGUCUCCUACGCCAUCCCCAUGGAGAUUGUCUACCUGACACCCCUACUGUCUUGGAACCCUUACAGUAUCGCCUACAAUGACGAUCCAACAAAGGCCACCGCUGGAGGUCGAGACGGUAACACAGAAGAGACAGCAUACGACGGUGUUGACUUCAAUCACUAUUACAGGACACCUUCCAAAUUUUUCAGCGGGCCUGUUUUAGAGCCAGACGACGCCGACACACCCAAAGCAGUUGUCAAAGUGAAGAAUCUUCAGGGCAAAGUUGUCAACGUCACCGCCAGCGGCACGACGUUCAUGCUGCGACAAAUCGACGGGGGCGGGCAGAUGCGCCUCAGGUACCCGAUCCACCCGAUCCACGGAGAGGGCAGCUCCAGCUGGAAGGAGCUGAGCGCCAUGUGGGCCGUGGAGCAGAAGUAUAGGCCCUACCCGUGAGUCCGCCAAUGAAACACCAAACAAUUGAUCGCGCACACUGGAGCAGAUUUUUUCCUGAGCUCGAAAUUACAGUCCAUUUGUCAAGUGUACGCUUACUCAAUAGUUAGUAGAUCUAGUAUUGCACAACAUAAGAUAGAUAGACAGACAGACAGACAGACAGAUAGAUAAGAUAGAUAGAUAGAUAGAUCGAUAGAUAGAUAGAUAGAUAGAUAGAUAGAUAGAUAGAUAAGAUAGAUAGAUAGAUAGAUAGAUAGAUAGAUAAGAUAGAUAGAUAGAUAGAUAGAUAGAUAGAUAGAUAGAUCGAUAGAUAAGAUAAGAUAGAUAGAUAGAUAGAUAGAUAGAUAGAUAGAUAGAUAGAUAGAUAAGAUAGAUAGAUAGAUAGAUAGAUAGAUAGAUAAGAUAGAUAAGAUAGAUAGAUAGAAUAGAUAGAUAGAUAGAUAGAUAGAUAGAUAGAUAGAUAGAUAGAUAGAUAGAUAGAUGAGAUUAUAUUUCUCUUCAACGUUACUCUCUCGUUCACAAACAAACAAAAUGGCGUGUAUGAAGCAAGCAUUAGUAGGCCUACAAACUACAAAGCAAAAAUUUUACGAAGCAUAUUUUUUUUUAAAGCUAAUACAAGGGAAAGAACUGCUCAAUUACUGCCAUAUCGUUGAAUAAUGUAUUAUUCAUCUCCCUUUUUCUUUAUAAAAACAAAAACUAAUUUAAUAAUUACCACUAAAAUUAUCUAAUUGUUUGUGUUUUUAUUUGUCGUUCGUGUGUAGUCAUGGGCAAAGUGCAAAGUUUCAAUUUAAUCCGAGAAUGGGAAUUGGGAGUACAGAACUUGUUUAAAAAAAAGUAAAUCCACCCAGACUGAAUAAAAAAGGAUUGAGUUAAUAUAAUAAUAUUGAGUUAGACAAAAUUUUAACAUCGUGUGUGUUUAACCUCUAUACAAAGUGGACUGUAUAUUUCUCUACUUAUUUUCAAGUGAAUGCGCGUUUGGAAGAGGGUAAUUGCGGUAAUUCAUUUAGUGUAUAUAUCUAUGUUUAUUUUUGUAAUGUUAAGGAUGCCGUUAAAAGAUGGUGGGUUAUCAAAUAGCCGGAACUCCGGACAUGGAGGCUUAAGAGGCUGACACAUCACAGUAUUCAUACUAUAUACACACAGGCCUAUUUACAUGUGGUUAGCCACACGGAUCUUGUUUCUCAAAUGAUGUACAGUUAUUGUUUUUUUUUCCACAUUCCACAGGAUUUUAAUGUACAUGUAUUGUUAAAUGAUUUCACAAUGUCUACGUAUUUAUGUAUAAAUUAGGCGAGGGUACGGUGGUAGAGGGUGGAGUUGUGCUCGACCUAAUCUAGCAUUGUAUUGACUGCUCAAAUGUUUUAAAGAUAAUUUUAUGUGAAAAAAAACAACAUGUUUUCUGAAAACAAAUUGGUAUAGAACUGUGUACAUCAGACAUGAACUAAGUCUAUCAACACUAUGAUGUGGCAUACAAAAAUAACGCAAUGCAUCACGUAUGUGUUUUGUUUUGUAAUGCACAAUUGUAAAACGAAUUUCCUCACGGAUAAAUAAGAUUAUAUAUAUAUAUAUAUAUAUGUAUAUAUAUAUAUAUAUAUAUACACAUCGUUAAAAUAUAACUAACCCAACCUAACCAAACGGUUCAUCAAACUAAGAAGGUGAAGGUAGUGAUUUGUUUUCAACCUUCCUAAGACUAUUCAUGAGUGAUACUGCAACAGAAUGGUACCAAAUGACAGCCUCAUUUAGAAGUCCUUUGUAGUUUCAAUGACUUGAGUUACCUGCAUGUCCAGUGCAUGUUCAAUACACUGAUGCCAUUGAAUCAAUUUACACUAUUUGCACAUGUUUUUGUUACUUGAAGAAUGUAUUGUAGCCUACUCGAAGGUUAUUUGUUAGUGCACAUUGUUUCAAUAAACACUUUCUUCACACGA